AUGGGUGCAGGAGCUGUUGCGAACUCGGGAACUACGGCUGCUUACAGCCAUCUCGUCGAUCCUAACAGGACGUGGCGUAAUAACAAGCGGUUGAUCUAUCUCAACCUUUGGAUUCUGCUUCUUCUCAUUACAUCGUCAACAAACGGUUAUGAUGGAAGUAUGAUGAACGGGUUGCAGUCCUUGACCCAAUGGGCUGAAUACUUUGGUCACCCUUCUGGCGGAAAGCUUGGUCUGCUCAACGCCAUCCAAAACAUCGGUUCUCUUGCCGCUUACCCCUUCUCCCCAUACCUCGCCGAUGGCCUUGGUCGUCGCAGUGCCAUCUUCGUGGGUGCUUUCAUUAUGUGUGCCGCCACUGUCCUUCAGACCGCUUCUCAAUCCGUCGGCAUGUUCAUCGGUGCCCGCUUCCUGAUUGGUUUCGGUCUUACCUUCGCUGCCGGUGCUGCCCCUAUGUUGGUUACUGAGGUCUCCUAUCCCGUAUACCGUGGACAAUUGACUUCCACCUACAACUCCCUCUGGUAUUCAGGUGCCAUUGUCGCUGCCUGGACAUGCUUCGGCUCCUUCAAAAUUAACAGCACCUGGGCCUGGCGUCUUCCCUCUGCUCUUCAGGGACUGCCUUCUAUCCUCCAAGUUGCCCUGAUCUGGUUCGUGCCCGAGUCGCCUCGUUGGUUGAUCAAGAAGGGUCGCAAUGAGCAAGCCCUCAAGACUUUGGCUUACUACCACGCCGACGGCAAUGAGGACGACGCACUUGUUCAGUACGAAUUCCAGGAAAUCAAGGCCGCCAUCGAGCUCGACCGUGAAGUCGAAUCCACCAUCGGCUGGAAGACUCUCUUCGCGACCCCCGGAAACAGGAGACGCAUGAGGAUCAUCAUCGCCCUUGCCUUCUUCUCUCAAUGGUCUGGCAACGGUCUCGUCUCUUACUACUUGAACAAGGUCUUCAUCACCAUCGGCAUCACCAACCCCACUAUCCAGCUCCUCAUCAACGGUAUCCUUCAAAUCUGGAACUUGGCCUGGGCCCUCCUCGCAUCCGCCUUCGUCGACAAGGUCGGACGUCGCCUCCUUUUCUUGACCUCCACCGCCGGCAUGAUCAUCUUCUUCGCCAUGCAGACCGCCUGCUCUGCCGUCUACGCCAACACCAAGAACGAAUCCGCCGCGCAUGCUGUCAUUGCAUUCAUCUUCCUCUACUAUGCUGCAUACGACAUCGCCUUCAGCCCUCUCAUCGUCUCUUACACCGUUGAGAUUCUCCCAUACAACAUUCGUGCCAAGGGAUUCACCGUGUUCAACUUUGCCAUCUCCUUGUCGCUUAUCUUCAACCAAUACGUCAACCCUGUUGCUCUCGACAAGCUCCAGUGGAAGUACUACCUCUUCUACGUUGCCUGGCUCUGCUUCGAAUUCGUGUUCCUCUGGUUCUUCCUCAUCGAGACCAAGAACCGCACUCUCGAGGAAACCGCUGCUCUCUUCGAUGGCGAGGAGGCUGCCGAGAAACUUGCUCAAGCCGCUCACCAAAACCAAUACAAAGACGAGAAGUCUUCCAUCCAGGAGGACGAGCUCAAAGCCUAA